CCGAUUGGCUGGCGGCUCCGGCCGCUGAGAGCGUUCGCCUGGCUCCGCCCCCCAGGGCCGUUCCCGUUGGCCGCCGGGGCUGCCCGUUGGCUCUGGCAGUCCGGGACCGCGCAGCGGCCGAGUCGGCGGCGGACCAUCUCUAGGGACUAAGAUGGAUCUUGUACUCAGUGCUGCAGAUUAUCAUUUUUUUACACCAUACAUAUAUCCAGCUACGUGGCCAGAGGAUGAUACCUUCCGACAAACUAUUAGUCUCCUGAUCGUGACAAAUCUUGGUGCUUAUAUCCUGUAUUUCUUCUUUGCAACACUGAACUAUUAUUUUGUCUUUGAUCACUCUUUAAUGAAACAUCCACAAUUUUUAAAGAAUCAAGUCUAUCGAGAGAUUACAUGUACUAUCCAGUCACUGCCAUGGAUGAGUAUUCCUACUGUCUCAUUGUUCCUGCUGGAGUUGAAAGGUUACAGCAAAUUAUAUGAUGGCAUAGAGUUUCCAGGUGGCUGGUUCCACCUCAUUGUCAGUGUGCUGUCCUUCCUCUUUUUCACUGACAUGCUGAUCUACUGGAUUCACAGAGGCCUUCAUCAUAAACUUGUUUAUAAGCGCAUACACAAACCUCAUCAUCUCUGGAAGAUCCCUACUCCAUUUGCAAGUCAUGCUUUUCACCCUGUGGAUGGCUUCCUUCAGAGCCUGCCUUACCACAUAUAUCCCUUUAUCUUUCCAUUACACAAGGGGGUUUACUUAGGUUUGUACAUCUUGGUCAACAUCUGGACAAUUUCCAUUCAUGACGGUGAUUUUCGUGUUCCUCAAAUCUUACGGCCAUUUAUUAAUGGCUCAGCUCAUCACACAGACCACCACAUUUUCUUUGACUAUAACUAUGGGCAGUAUUUCACAUUGUGGGAUAGGAUUGGAGGCUCAUUCAAAAAUCCUUCCUCCUUUGAAGGGAAGGGACCACUUAGUUAUGUGAAGAAGAUGACAGAAGAAGAAUGCAACAGCCUUGCAGAAAACAGUUGUAAAAAUGAAAAGUUUCUCAAUGGAGAGUUUACAAAGAGUGAGUAGAUUAUUGACCAAUUAUUCAAUAUUAUUAAUAAGGAAAAAUAAUCUGUAUACAUUCAGCCAAGAGACAUAGCAAGUAAGUGGUGUCACUUGAAAAUCAGCAUUGUGGGUACCGCUGAGGAAUGAUCGUAAUGGCAGAUCAAGGGGUGCUGCUGCGCACCUCAACCCCAUGCCUAAAAUACUAGGUUUUGGUCUAAGGAACAAAUUGUGUCUUUCUGGCCAGCAGAUCUGUAAUUUGUAUCACCUCAACAAUAAUUUUUGUAAAGAUAGAGAAUAAAUUAUUGAGAGGACUACCAGAGGUUAUGUCCUUCUGCCUCAAUCCACGCAUAUUCAUUAAGAAAAAUUCACUGGGCUUAAUAAUACCAACACUAAAUCACUGUAACAAAUACUAAUAUAAAGAUGGCUCCUUGUUUCAGGAAUGCUGAAUUCUUUUUUUUUUUGCUGAACUCUUUAAGUGUCGGUAUGAUAUGACAAUUUGUGGUAACCUUGUUCAAGUGGAAACAGCAGUGUAAAAAUAAUUCUAAAGAACAUGUUAGAUAUACAAAUGACCUAAUCAAUAGCAGAUGUAAUCAUAUUAUCUUCUACACAUAAGAAGCUUAUUCCUUGGGGACAUUGUCAAAUACUACAUUUUUCUGAUGAAUAAAUACAUUUGAAUUUUAAAAACUAUUGAUACUACCAUGAUUUAACCCAGAUCUAGUAUUAUUUAAAGAUGUUGAUGGUGAUUGUUUUAAGCUGUUAUUUAAUAAGCAUAGAGUUAUGUGAAUCUGAAUAUACUUAGGGAAAUUUGAUGCCCAAAUAAUAUAUUUGACACUACUGAUUUUUUAAUUAAAUUGAUGCACUGCACUUUCAAUAUGUUUAAAAGUUACAAUCUUAUAAUUUUCUAUAAAAGGAAAUAACUACCAAAUAUUUAAGCUUAUCACUGAGGAUUAGUUUUGAAACCUCAUUUUCCCAUCUCUCCUUUGACUUUUCCCCACUUCCUCUGCAAAGAGAUUUAACAGAUGCUCUCAUAAAGAAAUGUUGGGUGUUGUAACAGCUAUAUUGGAAAGAUAAGGUUUGCAAAGGCAUUCUAUAAGCUAUUUAUGUGAAAUCAAUAAAAGUGGAUUAUUGCUAUUAUUAAACUGUAUCAGUUAAAUAUUGUAACAGCACAGAGUAUUCUUUAUACUAAUUUUGUGUCAGUUUGAAACCAGAAAUGAUACGGAUUGUCGAAACUUUUAGAAUGUCCCCAAGUGACUGAUGUCGAGAGGAAAGAGAGAGAAGGGAGUAUCACGAUAUUCUGAUGUUUCGGGUGUUUAUUAGAGUUGAGUGUUUUGGCAAGAGCCCAAUCAUAAAAUGCGAUGCUCGGGACCCAGAUGCCAGUGUGUCUUCCUCCUCGAGUUGCUGCUGCAGGGCUGUCUCACUCCCCCUGCUAGUGGACAGCCCGUGCUCUGUAACUCAUCAGUGCAGCAGCGUGCUUUUCGCUCAUUCCCCACUUCCUGUCCCCAGUACUCCACUUUGCCCGCGAAACAGAAGGAAAAUAAGGAGAGGUAAACUUUGUUUCUGACAAUAGUGGCAGCUAGUAUUGGGCUUUUACUCUUGAUCAGGCACCGUUAAAAGUCCUUGACAUGAGGAAACUGGGACCCAGUUCCACAACUUUUCUUCCAAGGUUAUUCUCUCUCAUGUGAGGUCCACUGUGCUUGGUUCUGGUCCGUGGGCAGCUGUUCACAGUCAUUCUGAGACUCAAGCUCCUUCUGUCUUGGGGCUCUACCUCCCUGCCAGUCUGCAGUCUUCUUUGCUGAAGGAACACAUAGGGGAAGAGGGAAAAGUACACAUGGGAAGUUGUUACGGGUCAAGCCUAGAAGCUCUGCCUGUGUUGAUUUGCCAGAACUCAGUCAUGUGCCCAUGUAACUGAAAGAGAUUGUGGGAAGUACGUCUAACUGUGUGUCUUGGACACGGUAACCAGUUUCUUUCUUGAAUAGUUAGCCAGUUGUCUGUACCCGUGUAGUUAUUCCCCUCUUCUUGAGGGUCCCAAUAAAGGUAUUAAAGAGAUGAAUGAGCUCAAAAGUAUUUCAGCUUAUCCAUGCACUGGUUGUCUUAGUGUCCUUAACUCUGUAACUCCAGUUAUGAGAGUGGAAGUUUCCUGUAAAUUCUUAUCACUGUGUAGCUAAUAGAAAAGAAAGGACAUAACUUACGGAGAGAGGGAAGCCUCCUCAGAGGUGUUAGGAAGAAUCAAACUAGUCUCUGCCCUCCCAUCCUCUUUGUUAAAUUCUACUGGUGUUAAGCAGCAUUACGUUAAGUAGUCCUAACAUGACUGUGAGUGCUACCACCGUAUCCUCCUGUUCUCCAUUAGAGGAAUUCAGAGACUAUUCAUGGGAAUGAGGACCCAUGUUCCUCCCCUCAGGAAUGUCAAGUGGAAGAUUACCUUGACUUUGAAACCUUUUAUAGUUAGAGGACAGAAAGAGAAAAACACUUUUUGGUAGAAAUUGGGUAAAGGAUAGAGGUGAUACAAGAACCAUUUCAAAAACCCUGGAGACUUUUACUGAAUAUUUGUCUUCCUCUCUGCCUCUGUCCUGGUCUCUCUGUAUGAAUGCUGGCUUCCCACUUCUCAUCUCCCUGUAUCCUGUCUCUUUUUCCUACCAUCUUCAAGAAGUCAGGGAUGGAUUUGUGAGUGCAUUAUGAGUUCCAUUUUUGAUAUGUUGAGUUUAUACAGCAAUGAUGUCUGGGAGGAAGAUGGAAAGUAGGGAGACAAAUCAAACAAUACAAAUUUGAGAUUAACCCAGAUAGAAGAAAAGUUUGAGACCAUGAGAUUGAUUGCCAAGGGGAGCAUGGACAGCUAUCCAAAGAAACAGACCAGCUGAAGGGCAAAGGAACUUCUCUCAUCUUCCUACCUUCUUCAAACUCAAAACACUUGACUGGAAGCCUUAUAGCAGCACCUCCUGCUUUCUGUCAUCUAUCAUUGUCAUGGGUCCCCAUUUAUUCUAGACCCCAAAUUCCUUCAAAGCAAAGACCAUGCAUGUGUGGGUCAUCAUUGUAUUAAACCAUGUGUUCUUACAGAACAUGCUUGAGAUUCAAUAAAUACUUUGCUGAAUGAA